GUAUAAAGCCAAUCAAUAAGAAUAUAUAGACCUACAUUCUGGAUGAGCUGAUGUAUGACUUUUCUGCAUAUGCGACAAGGAGGCGUUUUCGGGGCGUCGCACAGGAGGGCGGGGCUAACGUGAUCUGCGUUUUCAUUUGUUAGAUACAAUUCGAUUCUAUACUCUGAUUGGCUAACAAUAUAUACACAAACCUUUGUUGACCUUUGGAAUUCUGAAUUUGGAAAUCCAUUCAGCGCCUGUUUGUCUGUUGUGGCGUAAUUUCGGGCUCAAAUUUAUGCUUUUUGCCUUAUUAUGGAGCAGCCCAUAGAACCUAAAUAUACAGGUUUACCUCGAAGGUACGAAGAGACGAAACCUGCGCUGGAUCAAGUUUUCACCCACUCAAGUAUCCUUCGAAUAGGCGAGAAAAUUUUAGAAAAAUUUCAACAGAAUUCGAGCAACGAUAAAGAAGUUGCUGUAAAACAGUGUGAAAGCACAGUUUGGAAAGAUGCGGAGGAAUAUAAAAAUGAAUGUGUCAGAGAGGCGUUGGAGUUAGCGAGCAACAAAGAAGCUUAUUGCUUAAAAGAAUUGGAAAAAUCGCACGUGAAACAUGUUAAAUCAGAAAUCGCUAGGAUUGAAGAAUUGAUGAGACAAAAAUGCAUCGAGGAAAGGUUUGACGAAAGGCGGGAAGGGGAAAGACGCAUGCAGCUAAUGGCUGAUGAAUUGAAACGGAAAUAUGAGCUUGAAAAAAUGGCAGAAGUUAAAGCAGCACGCAUUGAAGAGCAGGCCAUAGCAGAAAAUGCAGCACAAGAAAUGACACGUCGUCACGAUAAAGCUAUGAACCUUUAUGGGAAUGAAAUGCAAGAAGCAAAAAGAUUGGAAAUAGCAGCAUUACGAUAUGAACUUGAAGAUAUUCGACUUGAACAUGUCCAAGAAGCACGAGAAGAGGAACAAGCUGCUGCUAAGCUCAGAUUGCAUGAGGCAAGUUUAAUACACAAUGAUGAAGUACAAGAUUUGCAAGCAACUAUCCGACAACUUCUAAAUGAAAAACAUGAUUUGGAAGCGGGUCUUGCAUCCAUGACAAACCAACGAGACAAUUACAUAGAAAAGCACACCGAGUUAAGAAGGGAAUUUACAUCGUUUAUUGAAAGAUGCAGAUCAGAUUUUGAACCUGGACAAGCUGACUUUUUACUUCCACCAAAUUGAGCUGAAAUUAAUUUUUUUUUUCUUUAUUAUAGGUUACAUUGAUCAAUUUUUGAAAUUGAUCCAAUACUUUAAGAAUUUUGUGAUAUGUCAAGUGUUAUAAUUUUUAUAAGUGAUUGAUUGCUAAUCAAUACGGUCUAAAACUG